AUGAUGCGCGGGCGCCAUGAAGCCGCGAUUGACGCGUCGAUCGGGCUCGUCACGCGCAAGGAGAUGGAAGACAUGCGCAAGCAAGCGCUGGACUUGGCCGCGAGCGGUCGCGUCAUCUUGACGGUCGCGCCCGACCAGCCACCACCAGCGUACUACGUCCAAGGCGACCUCGAUUUCUACUCGGAUGACAACCUCAAGGUGCGCAUGAGCUUGCGGCCGCACCCGACCAUGGCGCGGCUGACGCGGCUCUUCUGGAAAGCCAUCGUCGUGUCGCCUGCAAUCGCAAUGAACUACAAGGGCUACGAACAGCUCUUUCUCUUGAUCCACAAGGUUCUCAUCGAGCUCUUCGCCCUCGACGAGUCAGUAGCGCAAAUCCAAGAAGACUGGUCCCACGACGUCUCGGCCCACGAGGCGUACAUCGAGUACCCGCCGUUCCACGAGUCGUUGUUUGAGCUCAUCGAUAUCUGGUGCGACUCGAUCGAGAUUGAGGACUACGCCAACAUGCUCUACCUGCUCUGGAAGAGCGUCAUGGACUAUCCGCCAAGCGGAGGCCGAGCCAUUUUGCGCCACCUCUCGGACGUCUCCUUCAAGGACAUUGUAUCGCUCGUCCGCAACCAUCCACUCACGAUCGCCGAGAUUGAGCUUAAGAUUGAGCAAGCGGGGAAACCGCUCAAGCUACCGCCGCUGCACGCACCAUCGCCCCUCAGCGCAGUCAUUGAAGCCACGUCCGAUACCUCCCUUGGCAGCGACGGCUCGGAGAAGGACGGCGAUGUUCGCGUUGUGGAAUGCGCCGCCGCAGUGGCACCUUUGCCGGAAGGCUAUAUCAAAACGAGUGUCGCCCACACAAUGGCGUCGACUCUACCAAGCCUUGCACCGCCCCGUGUCGAAGUGGCCGCAUUGUUGGCCCCUGUAACAUCCGGUGCCAACAUGACGAACCUGCCAUCGCUCGCGCGUCGUCAUAUCGACAAUCAGAUCGACAAUGGCAAGCUCGAUGAGGAAGACCCUUCCAGUCACCGACGUCGCACCGAGCUAUGUAGCGCCGUGGACGACCGAGUCACAGCAGCAACCGAGGCACGGACCGCCCUUUGCUUGACUCCUCGCAUCUCGCCGUGGCGGUACCGCUUUGUCAAGAUGCCCCCAACUCGCAGCCAAGUGACGCUAACGUCAACACCGAUGCUGAUGCCACGGGGAAGCCCCCCCAAGACGGCCAUUGUGUGGGGGGCGUCGCAGCUCGCACUCUCUCACAGUGGCGUCGCACCGCCGACACGCGGAUCAUCAAGUCGACACCGGCACACACGUCCGUGCACCAACGGCAGUAUCUUUGCCGCCGCGGUCCAGACCCCACUCGAUACCAACUUGAGCGUCGACGGGCGGUCCCCGCGCAAGCCCUCGACGGCCCGCGACCGUGUUUACUUUCUUGGUGACAGCAAUGCGCUGGACGACAACGCGGUCAUUAUGAACGUGGGCCGAGGCGGUCUCUGCGGCGAGCUCAUGGUCAUCCCGCUCUCGCCGCCGCGAAAAAGGGACCCGGCGCGAUCGCUCGUCACCAAUCAUACGCGCAGCUCCUUUAUAGAUGACCAAUGGACGCCGCAGCUGCUCGCAGUGCGCAGUCCGAUGAAGGUGACGCCGUUGAGUAGCCACUUGCCGACACCGAGCGCACCGCCAUUGGCACAGCUCUUUCCCCGGGCCGUCUCGCUCAUGCCGCGAGCCGCCGCGCCGAGCAAACCGUUGGAGGAGCCGACCCAAGAGGCAGCGUGA